AGACGUGAUCUUAUUUGUCCUGAAUGAGCUUCCGUAGAGGCAAAUGUGUGAAUCGAACCGAUGAGUAAACCUGGAGUAAAGUCAAAUACUCUACAAAUCCCAUACAGAGAAAACGCUUUAGAGGAAACACCCGCAACUCAGACUUCGUGAAGAUUCGAGUGUGGAAGUCUUUCAUGCAGGAGCAGUUUAUCUGAGGGGUUGAAUAUUGAGAUGUUACUGAGCGGGGAAAGUUCAACCUAAACUCAGAGAGGAUGUCACAUCCGAGGAGCCAGGACAAGCGGCUCUCUGGGUCCAUCCCGAGGGACGAAAGAGUCCGGAGACGGAUCUGUGUUUACGACCGUCGCUAUGAAAAGCAGGAGCAUCAAGAGGAGUGGAUGGAGACAGCUGGUCUGGACUACAACGACUUUCUUCGAGAACUGCACAAGAAAUUUUCAAUCUUUUCAGUUGAAAGAUAUGUUUUGACGACGACAGACCGAACCCUUCUGGAUUUUGACAAAUUUGAGAAGCUUCAGGAUCUCAGCACCCUCAAUUUGUUGCAGAGUGAGGACCAACCUCUCCAGGCAGCGACAGAGGAACUGAUCAGCUUUACGCCUCACUAUAAUACGUUGACUGAAAGUGGCAGGGACGAGUACUACUAUUGUGAGGGAAAGGUCCCCUUGACGUGUGCGUUUGCCGAGCUGAUUGACAACUCACUUACAGCCACGAAAGACAACGGAGAUGUUAGAACCAUAGAGAUACGAAUGUUGUUUGAUGAAUUGCUUGGAGAAAAUGCGAUCAUCAUUUUAGAUAACGGGUGUGGGAUGUCCUCUCUGAAGCUCAGGAACUGGGCGACGUACAGACUCAACAAGUUUGACAGGAAAGAAGCAAGUGAGCAAGAGGGCUACGUUCGUCCUCCCCAUGUCCGUCGAAGUCUCAACAGUGAUGUGUCAUACUUUGGAGUUGGAGGAAAAAAUGCCUCUUUCUUCAUCGGAGAAUCAAUCAGGAUGAUCACUAAGUCAAAAGACUCCCCAGAUGUUCACGAGCUGACCCUGUCAAAAAAAAGCUUUGAGAACAAAGAGAAGAAUCAAGAAGACGUUUUCAGGGAAUUCAUGAAAAACAGGAAGCCUGGUGAUGCCUCGCAUGUAGUUGAGCCCUUCCUCCGCGACCUUAUCCGAGAGGAAACCAGACUGAUGAAGGAAAGCUUCACAGCUGUGGUGAUCACGGAAGUCAAACCUGAGCAUGUAAUCUUUCUGAAGAAUAAAUUUGAAGUGGUGGCCCGACAGCUCGCUCAUAUAUAUCAUUAUUACAUCCAUGGAGUCAACGGAAACAUCCCCAGCAGCAGCAGCUCUUCAAACUCAAAAUCAGAUGAUCUCAGCAAAGUUGACAUUCUGCUCAGUGGUGUUGGUGUGUUUAGCAGGGAUCAAGGAACAGAACAAGUCACUUUACGAGAGAAGGCCCCCAGAUGUCCCCGCGAGAUACAUCUCAAGGAAGUUGAUGAUGACAUGCAGACCCUGUACUUAAACAGUGCCGCAGACACGUUUGAGUUCGAGGCCGUCAUUUCCGCUGACAGUUACCCCGUGGAGGGGAUCAUUCGAUAUCAUCCGUUCCUCUUUGACAGCGAAACUUACCCUCAAGACCCCGACAUUGUCCAAGCCUCUAAUACGGAUGAAGACGGCAUUAAUGAUGAGGAGUCUGGAGCCGUGGCAAGAGGCAAAAGAGCAAUAUUUGACUGCUACUGGAAUGGGCGGCUCAUACCGAACAACGGAGACUUUGAGUUCGAUUGGUGCACUAGGCAAAAAAGAUCCGAGCUGCCAGUCGAGUGUUACAAUCGGUUCUCUGGGGUGCUGUUCACGAGCAGCAACUUCAAAGUCAACACAAGCAAACUGUCCUUCGUGGACCUGGAGCUGAUUCUGAAAAAAAAGAAUGUUAUCUUCGACCGUGUUGUGAAUGGAAAGAGUAAAAGAAGCAUCAUUGAGAAGGACUUCACAAAUUGGCUUCGAGACUGUCACAAGAAGCACGACAAGCAAAUAAAGUUUAUGGACUAUAAGGAGACCAUAACAAGGACGGAUGUGCCCACCAAGAAACUGCAGCAUCCUUGGGAGACGUUUGGCUCCAUCGAAUGGCAUGGAAAAAUCUACAGCGCAGGCCAGCUUGUAAAGUCUCAGAAAACACAGCCCAUCGUGUAUGGCCGCAUACUUCGGUUCAUGCGGUACGGAGAAACAGAAAAAAAAAAUGGAUGUGUCUUCACUACAGGGGGUGAAGUUGAACUGGAUCUGGAACCAAAAGCACUUCACAACAAGAAGAAGACCAUCCCAAUUUCCAAGAUAGACAAGACAGUCACUGAUGAAUUCAUCAAGAUGUCCAUUGACAGUGACUCCAUCAAGCUUCCAGCGAAACUUCGUGUAAGCUGGCCUGAAAGUGAACCCUGGCCAGAGGAUGCUGUCCGCCCAGCUGGGACCCCGUUGGGGCCACUCAAAGUUGAAAUACUCAACAAGAAAGGAGAUCCUUCGCCCAAGAUGCCACCAUCAGCAGAACAUAAACAGGGGAGACCACUGGUCAUUGAGCUUAAAUUAGUUUACCACGGUCCUAGAGAAAAUCAAGUGGUCAUCUCUUACAUCGCUAAGCAUACAAAGUGGGAUUUCUGGUUCAAAUGCAUUGAAGAACUAACAAAGCUGGGGAAGUACACUCUGUUUCUGACCACCCAGAUACAAAACAACUCAUCCAAUUUUGGAGGAGAGGAGCUCCCAAGAUUCCAACUCAGUUUCAGUAUUAAAGAGGGAGCCGCCCAGAAAUUUAACAUUGGUACAGUGAGUCAUACCAUUAAAGUAGGAGUGCCCUUUGACAUUCCUCUGCACUUCAAAGAUGGUUAUGACCAUUCAGCUGCUCCACCUGAUCUCAAGCCUGUUCUCAAAUGCAGUGGGCUGGACCUGAGUUAUGAGACAGUGAACACUACUGGGUCUGUGUUCACCAUCAGAGGCGUCACAGUGAGAGGAAAGGUUCAGAAUUACCAACAAUCAAAGUCAUACGACCUGAAAGUGACGCUGCCUGGCCUUAAAGAUCACACACAGAGUUUCACUAUCAGUCUUCUUCCUGGCAAUCCACACUUCCUGCACAUAAUACCAGAAGACGACCCAAUCACAGUGGAGAAUGGACAGCCUGUCAGAUUUGAUGUUGAAGUUCACGAUGAGGCAGGAAACAUCACUGCUAACCCGAAACAGAUAGUUCAGUGUGAGGUUGACGGGCUUCCACUGGCAGAAGUUAACUGCAGCAGCACAGGAGCAGGGCAGAUUGUGACCAAGCCCAUAAACCUGAAAAUAACCAGCAAUGAACCACAGAUACUCAAAGCUCAGUUUGAGCUGUCUAAUAAGAAGAACUUUGUGGCGUUGGUGAGGAACGUGAAGGUGGUUCCCAGCAGAAGAGUCUUCAGGAUGGAGCUCCUUCAGGACGACAUGAAUCUGGUGCUGAAGAACAAAGAUAAGAUAGAGUGGCUUGCUGGAGGCUCGUUGGAGAACCUGUUCUAUAAGCUGUAUGAUGAGGCAGAUAGAGAGGUACUUCUCUCUGAAGAAAUAGCCGCAAGGAUCAAGGUUACCUGGAAAGGAGAGGUAAACCUGGAGGAUUUGAUCCAGGGGAAGCUGCCUGAUUUAAAGGUGCCCACUAAAGCGCAUGGAGCGCAAUACUACCAGGUGUCCUACCAAGACCAGAGUGUGUCUGUGUCCUUUGAGAUCAUGCCUCACCCAGAUGGACCAGCAAAGCUGAAAGUGACUAUCCCCCAAAACACAGUAAGGCUUGGUGAAGCCCUGCCUGAAAACAUCAUCUUGGAGCUUGUGGAUCAGUACAAUAAUCCUACAGCAGCACUAAACCCCACCUGUGUGAAAGACAUGACAGUGGAAGCAGAGGGCCUGGACAAAUCGGCCCUCGAGUUUACAUGGCAGGAGGACAGCAGUACUGUUUCGGUUUCCGGGGUGCAGUUUCAGAGCGGGACUCCUGGCUCCAGAGAGCUUUGCUUCACCUACAAGAACUUUGAGGAGCGAGUCCUGGUGAAAGUGACGCCUGGAAUCCCUGCAGAGCUGAAAUUCGUCAGUAAGCCUGAAAUGCCUUUGCAGGUUUUCAGUGAGCAUGGCAUCGCUACACCAUUCAUCGUCCAACUGUAUGACAAAUGGGGAAACAUCUCUACUGACCAGAGGGUCAUAGUAGAACUGAAGACCUCACCCCCGAAUCUCAAGGUGUUGACACCUUUUACCUCACAGCCUGUGAACAUAGAAGGGAAAGCCCCUUUCACAAUAAAUAGUGUGAGCGGAACAAAGGGGUACUAUCAGCUGAUUUUUAAAGGUUCCUUCAAUGGGAACUCCAUCCCUGGUCCAUCAGUUGACAUCACUGUCAUCCCUGAUCCCGAAAAGCCUGUCAAGCUGGUGGUGGACUUUACUAAAUCUGCCAAGUUUCUUGCUGGGGGGAAAUUCCCAGUCUUCUCAGUGACCGUGAUGUCUGAAGAGGGAAACAGGAUCACAAAUUUCAGCCCCGGUGCUGUGUCCAUGUCGCUAUGGAGCGGGGCUCCGUCAGGAGGGAUACCUCCACAAUCGGCCGUUAAGCUCACGUGUAGCAAACCUUUGGAGACUGAUGAGACUGACUGUUAUUACUUCAGAGAUAAAGAAAUACCAGAACUCGCUGGAAUGUACACCAUUCAGUUUAUUCUACUUAUAGAAGUAGGAAAAGUCCUGCGCAGUGAUCAGAUAUCUAUAAAUGUGGAGGCAAAUCAGCCAGUCAUACUGAGGCCUGUCUCUGAGCCACCAAACCCAGUCGUUUCCUACUGUAGCCAAAUUUCUAACCGUACCUUGGUGGAGGAUAUGACUCUGAUGAUAAUGGAUUCACAUGGAAACCCAACGAGGCAGGACCUGAAUGGGAAGGUGCUCGUUUCUAUACAAAGCUCCAGUGAAGUCAGCCGCAACCUUCCUCUGUUUGAAGGCAGAACCAGCAGAUGUCAGAUAAACUUGGUGAAAGGAAAAGCCCACAUUGGUUUGCUGACUAUCAUGGAGAACAGCCCAGGUGAUAAUGGCUGCUCAUACGUCCUGCUCUUCAAACCUGACGUGUCCGGGGUUACCCUGGAACCAUUUGAGCUCCCCUUCCAUUUUUACAACGAUGUGGAGAACCAGCAGAGAAUUACCGAGCUGUCCAAGAAGAAAGCUGAGCUCAAUUCUGCUAUCGAUACGUUUAAAAAUGUCUUCAAAAUGUAUGACGAGCUCCUGUCUUUGCAGACUGGCAAAGUACAGGAUGCAGAAAAAAAAGAGUCCAUUAUGAGAACUGAGCUGAUCAGCAAAAAGCUGAUAGAACAACAAAAUGUCAACAUGCUACAUGUUGACCAACUUCUAAAAGAGAAGGAAGCCAAUGCUCAGCAGAUAUGGCAGGGGCCCAGAAGAGUCUGCAAACUCCGUGAUCCCUUCAAAGGGCAGCAGGAUGUUUUGGGGAUGGUCGGUCAUCUGGCCUAUGUGAGUGACGACUCUGCAGCGAGGGUCAUUUCCUGGCACAUCAGGGGUGACAUGGAUUGUGUCGUUACAAGAAACGGCACAACAGCAAAGAUGAUCUAUGACAGUACCAAUGGAAACCAGCAGGUCAUGUCCCUUACUAGUGUGCUCGUGCCGCCAGGCAACAGACCGCUCCCACACAUGAGAAGUGGUCACCCGCUCUUUGAUCCCCCUGGGAACCCAGUGCUUGCCAGAAGUCUCCUCCAAUACACCCAUGAGGACCGUGGCAGCUGUGAAAAAGUAUUUAAAAACGUCCUCGGAGAUACUAUUCUGAUUGAUGAUCUGACUUCUGGAAACUCGUACAGAGAGCAGUUGGUGGAGAGGCGGAUACCUUGUCCCACCAUCCUGACAAGGCAGGGAGAAAGGAUCGGCAGCAGGGGCAAGUUUGGAGGCGCACAAAACAGAGCACCCCAGAAUGUAUCACCUGUGUUUGGAGCCCGCCUUCCACAGCAAUUCAAUACUCUGAAGGAACAAAUAGAACUGCUCAAACAGUACAAGUCAUUGAUCCAGAAGAAGGAAGAGGCAAAAAAGGAAUUUGAAGAUCAGUUCAAUCUAAUGAACUCUCCUGAAACGCUGACUAAGAGACAGGAUAUGGACAAGAAAAUCAAAGAGCUUGCGGAGAUCGACAGACAGAUUGUGUCUUCACCUGUAAGACCAGUGAAACGGGGCCCUGAGCAGGCUGGAGAGCCAUCUGGCAUCAACACAAAGAGAGUGAAGCUAAACUGAUCGUUUGAGCACAAACCUCUGCAGUACAUUCAUUUAUUUGCAAUAUUCAAGUAUAUCAAAUAUUUGUUUUUCCUUUUUUUUAAUGAUGUAAAGAUGUUUUUCUUUUAUUUUUAACUCAUUGAUUUGUUUGUGGAUAAGUUGUGUGUAUGACAUGUUAAACCCGGCAGGAUAUCUGGAGUAAUUAAUUACAAGAAAAAACAUAUUUCUUAA